ACUAAUAUAUUUGUUAAUUCAGCCACAAUAACUUGGUAUUGCACUGGACCGGAAAAGGUUACCGUGGUAAAAAUGUUUUAUCGAUAUUAUGGAUGCACGGCGAAAGCACUGGCAUGCGUACUUUUUGCACAGUGUAUUGACGUACUGCUGCUUACGGCGGCUGGAGCAAACGCGAUAACCGCGCCAGCUGAGGAAGCAGCUAAGAAUGUGCACCGGGAUAUUGAUCUGGCCUUUGAAAUGCGCAACGCCACCGCGGAUGACGGGAGCGUUCGUUUCAUCGAAACACCCUGGUUAUCUUCUUGGAUUAUUGGUUCCCCGUUGACGAUUGACUGUCCUUUUCCCGAGUAUCCCAUUCUCCGCAUCCUGGGCGGGCAGUAUGCCAAUGUCACCGCUAAUGCCACGCAGAUUGUGACGUGCGAGGGCGGCUACCAUGUGCGCGGAUGUCCUUACACGCUGAGGAUCGCGCACCAGUGUUCGGGUGUCUCCGGGAACUGUUCCGUGUCCAUUGAACAGCCGGAUGAAAUGCAACGCUGUCCGGUUGCGCAUUACCAGAUUCGCUACCAGUGCCUGCCCAAGAUGACGUCGGACGAUCCGCUCAGAUCGUAUGCCACGCUCCCGCCGGGGGUCGACGCCAGCGAUCCAUGCGCUGCGUUGUACGUGCCGAGUCAGUAAAACGGUUUCGCGUUGCGCUGAUAAUUUUAUCGUCUACGUAACGGCUUGAUUCAUCGCGUCACAACGUGGCGUGAAGUCAAAAUAAUGAGCUUUAAAAUGUACGCCUAAAAAAGCUUGGCGGUUGGCAUUGUUUACA